CACACGACUUUGUCAUUUGAUAACUCAUCAAACCAUCAUCAUCACAUCAAGAACAAGAGAAAAGGGAGACGCGAAUGACAUCCUAGGGGGACAAUCAAACAACAAGGAUAUCAUACACUUCCCCUAGUCACCAUAACAAUGUCCACAUUCAAAAAUGAAGUGACAGGUGUCAUCGCUCCACCACCAGAUGAUUCUGACUUUCUUGAAAGUGAAAAUGAACAGGAUGACGGUCAAAGCUUUAUUGACGGACAACAAGAUCUUAGCGAAAUGGAAGCAGAAUUAGCAGCAGUCGCAACCCCAGUCCAGUCUCAAGCAACAUCUGUGGGAAGACCACUUCAUCCUAUGCCUGCCGGAAAGAUUAUGCAAAUGACACACAACUUCUCUUUUACUUAUUUCAAGCAUCCUGCACCAAGAGCUGAUAUUCUUAAUCGAGACGGAGGAAGAGAAGCAGCCGGAUUACCACUCAAUCCUUCAUCAUCUGCCAGAUUCACAACAAAAGUCAAUCACGAUGGAACAACACAUUCGGAGCCUCUGCCUGCAUCAGCAAUAGCACCACACAUUUCAGCCGAAGCAAACGUUCAUUGGUUUUGCGUGGAUUCGGAGUUAGUAUACCUAAGCUUUUUUGAGGAUUGGGGACCACUGAACGUUGCCAUGUUUUAUCGAUUUUGCUUGCAUUUGCAUCAUCUCAUCAAUUCUGCUCAAGAGGAAUCAACUGCAUCGGCAGUAGAAGCAGCGCGGGAUUUGCAUUUGAUCUUAUACACAACAAACAAUCCAAAAAACAAAGCAAAUGCGGCACUUCUAGCGGCAAUGUAUGCGAUGGUUUGCGGUGAUGUGAGCCCGGCAGAUGCCUUUCAUCCUAUCAGCACGCUUGAAUUGAUGCCUUUCCGGGACGCAGGAUAUGGCAGAGCAGAUUAUUAUUUGACUAUUCAGGAUAUCUUAUAUGGUGUUCAUCGUGCUAUUCAAGAAAGACUUUUAGAUCUGAUGACGUUCGAUUUGGAGGAAUACGAAACGUAUGAGCAGGUACAAAAUGGAGAUUGGAAUUGGAUUACCCCCAAUAUUAUUGCAUUUGCAAGCCCUAAUGACAAAGAGUACGUCGCGGAAUUGAGACAAAACAACGGAUCAGGAAGACCGGUAACUCCCGGCUUGAGACGUCCGUUGAAUAGCACCUUCUUACGCACCGUUCAAUAUUUCAAAUCGCACAAUGUGAAAUUGGUAGUGCGACUGAAUAAUCCUUUGUAUGACUCAAGGGUAUUCGAAAGAGAAGGUAUCGAACAUGUGGACAUGUACUUUGACGAUGGAUCAAAUCCUUGUGAAGAAAUCGUACGAUCAUUUAUCGCUCGAGCCGAUGAAAUUAUCUCAAAAGGUGGUGCAAUCGCAGUGCAUUGCAAAGCAGGCUUAGGAAGAACUGGUGUGUUGAUCGGAGCAUAUUUGGCUUACAGGCAUGGCUUUUCAGCGGGCGAAUCGAUCGGAUUUAUGCGUAUCAUGCGACCCGGAUGUGUUGUCGGUCCACAACAGCAUUUCAUGUAUCAACAAGUACCUGAUUGGAUCAGAUGGCGCGAGCAAGAUGAUGCAAAUACACGUCUAGAAGAAGCAUUGCAGAAGCAAAAAGUGGAAUUGUUAGGCAAGAGACGGUAUGUUGAAUCGACAGUCAGUGAUUCAAGCAGCGGCGAAGAAGGAGCAACGGAAGCAGAAAUUGAAGCCUCGUUGGGCGAUGAAAAUCAACGCAAGAAUAAAAAGCAAAGAAUGUACAUCGCUGCUCCAAGUACGCCGAAGCGAGAAGAAGAAAAGAGUCGAGAUGAUACGAUUCGAUUGGCAAAGCCUACGCCAUGCGUUGGUCAGCCAAGAAAGAGCCCAAGUCCGACCCGCAAACGUGCAGCACAAGCACAAGCUCCUGCCACUGUGGCCCGUAUGGGUGGAAAUGGAACGUUGGCCGGCAGUCGAGGAAGAAUUGUUAGUGCUGAUAGUAUUCGGUCUUCAGCUGCUUCAUCUAGAUCGCUUGAGCUGGAUACGCAAAUCAAUACUGCUCCUAUCCGAUCGGAUUUUGAGGUAAAUGUCGACGUUCACCUUCAAGUGAACACAGGCGAAAAGCCAACAGCAGAGACGACUACGAUUGAGGAAAUUCGUCCACCUUCUCAACCCUCCCGCGUUCUUGAUGCAGCUCAAAAGUUCGAUUCGCAGUCUUCAUUGGAUGAAGCACAAAGUCAGGAGAAGCGCUCUUUAUCUCCUUCGAGGUCUGACAAAAAGUACUUGAAGACGAACGUGUCACCCUCGAAUAACAAGCAAUCUCAAGCUCAGCCAGCAUCAAUUGACGAUGGUUUGUUUGUAGAAGGAUGGCAAAGUCCUGAACCACCAUCGUCAUUUUCACAAAGAUUGGUAAACUCAUCACCAAAGCGAAGUCCAGUAAAAGAGGAACCUUCUCCCGGUACACCUACUUCCCCUUCCACGCCUACUGGUGUCCAACGAGCAAGUCCUCACAUUCGCGAACGAUUUGGUCUACGUGAAGCAGGAUCAAAUCAAAACACACCUCGCAGCCGCAAAGAAGCUUUGAAUGGAACAGCUGUUGCAUCUGCUAGCGGAAAGCCAAGCAGUAGUGGAAGCACAGAAAGCAUCUCGAGCAAUGGAAGUGUGACAAGUCGUGAUGCGAUGGGAAGCAGUGAUGAUUUGACACCUUCCUUGCAACCUGGUCCGUUGGAAAAGAUUAUCAGAAGUGAAUCACAACAGAUAAAUGCGGCACCUGUCAUUCCUCCUUCGGCCAGUAUCACGGCCGCACUUUCAUCGCCAAGCAAACCACAACCGUCCCGAGUAGUCCCUUCUUCACGAAGACCAAUCAGCAGAACAACGUCAAACUCUUCUGCAGCCUCUUCAUCUUCUCAAAAGGCUGGUCGUCCGAUUAGCCGACCUGUCUCUUCAAUGGCCACUACACGCAAGCCAAGUAACAAUACUCAGCACAACAAUGGUGUUCGACCUGGUACAUCUACUUCCCAAUCAAACACAGCCACCACUGUCCAGCGACAUGCUUCUAGUGCAGCCAAUUCUGCCGGUAGAGUGGCAGCAGCACGAGAGCGUUUAGCACAAAAAGAGGCUGCAAAUGCUGACCUGGGUCAUCGUACCAGCGUCAAACGUCCUCGUGAACAAGGAAAUCCUCAAUCGGUUACUCAAAACGGUAGUGCCAGAGCGCCAAGCCGCGCAGGACAUCCAGUGAUUGCGAAUGGCACUCAAGCUACUCAUCGUCCCGCUCUGGCAACAGCACCCUCAUCGGCAGUCAACGGAGGUGUACGACAGACUAGCAAUGGCGGCGUACCAAGGUUUGCGAUGAGCACAGCAGCUAGUGCUGCAAAGGCAGCAGCAGCAGCACCUACAAAUAAGAUUCAAACAAACACAGUGCAAUCUAUCACCGCCACAAACGCAAACGGACCCACAACAAAUCGAUUUGCAACGUAUUCUAGAGCAGGACCUAAUUAUUCUCAUCUAAAUCAUACAACCGCAGCACAGUCAGCCCAUGCGGCAACAUUGAACCGUUUACACGGAAGAAACGUUCACAGAAGGAGAAGCAGUAUGGGCGAAGCUGAUAUUAUUAUGUAAUUUUAUCUCGAUUUCUUUUUUUCUUUUUUCACGCAGCAUUAUUAAACAUCUAUACGUUUUUCAUGUCAAUUCAUUUAUGACUUUUUUA